CGUGGGAAAUGGCAACACUGGUUGGGAGGUGGUAGGUUUCAGCACAAUACAAAGUGGAGUAGAUUACAAUGAGGUUACAAUACAAGCUCAAGCUCAAUGUUUAUUAUGAGGUCGUGACGUGAGUCACGUGGUGUGUGGGCCAGGUGGUGUGUGGCACUGGCAGGGACAGGUGGCAGCAGCAAGUGUCCCCGGCAAGUGAUGCAGCGUAGCGCUUGUCAUCAACAACUGUCAAAACCCAUCCGUGAUAAGAUAAUGUUUCUAGAAAUGCCAAGGACAUCGCAGUUGUAAUGCUGGCAUUACAUUUGACUGGAUAUAGAAUUUGAAGGGGACCAUGAUGAAUGUCUGGCAGAUACUGACGAUUGGAUUGUUACUGCUGAGUGCUUGUGCAGCCUCAGAACAGUGCACAGAUUCAGAGGAUGGAGCAGCCAAGGCUGGUGACUCCUGUGGCUGUGGUGCUACCAGUCGAAAAACAUCAGCAGCUUCAGUGGAUUCAGCCAAAACCACCUCAACUGAAGUAGAAAAUAAUGAAGAAUCCCCAAGUUAUAAGUAUAGUGAAGAGGCUAAUGCAAACCAAGAUCUACCUCCCACAAAUCAAAUGGUUCAUAUUCCUGGAGGCAAGUUUGUAAUGGGCACAAAUGAUCCAGUUUUCACAGCUGACGGGGAGCAACCAGCAAGAUGGGUGGAAAUAGAUGGUUUCUAUAUGGAUGUUUAUGAAGUGUCAAAUGCAGAAUUUCAGUUGUUUGUGCUAGCAAAUGACUAUGUUACAGAGGCAGAAAAGUUUGGCGAUUCAUUUGUCCUUGAUGGAGAAUUAUCAGAAGAUGUCAGAUCAACUCUUCAGAAUGCUGUUGCUGCUGCUCCUUGGUGGGUUCCAGUCAAGGGGGCAGACUGGAGGCAUCCUGAAGGACCUGACUCAGACAUUUCUGAACGGAUGGAUCACCCUGUUGUGCAUGUGUCGUGGAAUGAUGCUGUUGCUUACUGCAAGUGGAUGAAAAAACGCCUUCCUACAGAAGCUGAGUGGGAGCGUGCAUGUCGGGCUGGAAAGCAAGAUAGAUUAUUUCCUUGGGGAAAUAAGUUUACUCCAAAUGAAAAACACAGAGCAAACACUUGGCAAGGAGAUUUCCCUACUACAAACACAGGGGAAGAUGGUUACCUUGGCCGUUGUCCAGUCACUGCCUUCCCAACCAAUGGCUAUGGCCUGCACAACAUAGUAGGCAAUGUCUGGGAGUGGACAGCUGAUUGGUGGCGUGUGAAUCACUCACCAAGCUUGCAGAAGAAUCCAGUGGGGCCACAAACUGGGACUGACAAGGUGAAGAAGGGUGGCUCUUACAUGUGCACAAAGGAAUACUGCUACAGGUACAGAUGUGCUGCCAGGAGCCAGAACACUCCUGACAGCUCUGCUGGCAAUUUGGGCUUUCGGUGUGCUGCUUCUAGUCUUCCUGAAUAUCUGUAUGAUAAAUAAUGAAGGGAACAUUAAAUGCAAUAUAUAUAACUCACCAAACAGUAUUUUGUAUUUACUGUCAUUAUAUGAUGAAAAUUGUAUCAUAAUCUUUUAGCAUAAAUUUGGAAACUGUAUUGUUAAUUGAUAUCCAAUGUAACUGUGAACAUUGAAUUGAGCAGGGCUUCUUCCCUUUCUAUUUUUUCUUUAGUAUUUUUUUUAUUUUAAUAUUUGAUUGGUUCUUUACAUUAAUUUUAAAGGUACAUUGGUUCUUUACAUUAAUCUUAAAGGUACAUAAAUGCUCAACCAGGACUAAAUUUAGAUUACAAUAUGAUACACCAAAGUACCAGAGCUGUCUUGGAACUUAGACUAUAGUAUGCCAUCUUUUGUUUGUUCUUUAUUUUCUGAACUCUUUUCCUAUACAUUAAUCCAUCUUUUAUGAUGAAAUUCUUAAAAAAAAAAAAAAAUGAGCAUCAUGACAUCAAAGAGACAUCCCUUUAAAUUAUUUUAUUUUGUUUAGGGAACAGCUUUGUAAGUUGUAUUUAUUUUCUUUUUAUUAAUUUAUCCAUUCAUUCAUUCAUUAUUUUAUUUAUUUAUUUAUAUAUUUAUUUAUUUUUUUUAUUAUUUUUUUUUUUUUUACACUAUGCUGGUCUCCCUGACAGAAAGAAAGCUCUAUCCAAGGAUUAGAUUGAACAGGGUACUAGUUUCUAUUCAUUAACUGACGAUGGGAGAUUCAUAAAUGUGACGUUGAUUUGUAUUUAAGAGGUGAUUAGUUUCUGCUAACAUGUGGUGACAGCCCUGGGUUUAGUUCAGUCAUGGAUAAAUCUAAUUGUGGUAAGUGCUUAAGAGAUUGUGGAUGGUAGGAUGGUCUUAUCUUUGUUCUCUCAUGUGUUCCCAUGAUCUUCCUACUUAAUAUGAAUCUUUAGGUUGCCUGGAUACCUUUAAAGCUUGUUUUUUUGGGUGAUAAAAAAAAUCCUUGGCAUUUGUGGUGGACCUGGGUUUAAGCAGCCAUGAUAUGAGAUAAAGAAUUGAUGGGAAUAUUGGUAGCUUUGGUUCUAAAACAGAGAAAUGUCACAACCUAGCCAUCCAUUGAGCAUGGGUUGUUAUUGUUAAUGUAGGCACAACAUGCAUGCCAGCCAUCUAGGCUUGUGGUUACAGUCUCCUUAAUAUAUUUUCCAUCUGUCCUCUUAUUCUGAUGUUAUCACCCAUUACCUAAUCAUGGUUACCCCAUAAGGAAUAUAUAGGUAAAGUCUGAGUGAUAAUUUAUAAAUCUUUAAUGUUAAACUGUUCCUUGUUCUUUUAAAGCGAUAGUCUUUAUCUUAAUUACUGAUGUCAUUAUUGGCAAACACCAGGUACCACUUUUACACAAUAUAAAGUUGUUUCAUUGUAUCAUAAUAGUAAUUUUAAAACCAGUCUAUUACUUCCUUAAGUCCAGUAUAGCACAAAAAAGUCUUUAUGAUAGAAAUUGUCUAUUUGAUAAAAUCUUUCCUGUGGAGUACAACCCUGCUGUGAUGACUGCUUGAUUCCUGGACUGUGUGGCACUCUGUCUGAGUGCCCUGCUUGGGGAUCUGUUCAAUUGUAUUGGAAAGAGAGGCACAUUCAGAAGUGCUAUGACUCAAUAAAAUUUACAAGUAAUACA